CGCAUUUGCCGAGAUUGCUUCGACCUCACUCUCACUCUCUCUCUCUCUCUCUCAAACCACUUGCGUAUUAGCUCUCCAACCGGAACCUAACCCCAAAUCUAACCCUUAAUAUAUUCCUUUCUUUUUUCUUUUUUAUUUUAUCAAUGCUCUCGAGCUCUUGCAUUUCGUUCUUGUAGUUGACCGUGAAAUUCAUAGCGUCGAUGAUUGGUACUAGAAUGGAAGUGGAGCAAGCGAGGCCAGUCAAUCCGGCCAUGACCUUCGACGAGGUCUCCAUGGAGCGCAGCAAAAGCUUCGUCAAAGCUUUGCAGGAACUUAAGAACUUAAGACCUCAACUAUAUUCUGCUGCAGAAUAUUGUGAAAAAUCGUAUCUUCACAGUGAGCAGAAACAGAUGGUACUGGACAAUCUGAAAGAUUAUGCUGUUCGAGCCCUGGUAAAUGCUGUUGAUCACCUUGGCACAGUCGCUUACAAGUUGACUGACCUCCUCGAGCAGCAAACAUUAGAAGUCUCAACUAUGGAGCUUAGGAUUUCUUGUCUAAAUCAGCAACUUCUGACAUGUCAAACAUACACAAAGAGAGAAGGUCUCAGGCAGCAGCAGUUGCUGGCUUUCAUCCCUAGGCAUCAUAAACACUACAUUUUACCAAAUUCUGUCAAUAAGAAGGUGCAUUUUAGUCCACACAUACAGACUGACGCUAGACAAAACCACUUUCAACCUAGAGCUCAUCUUCAGCCGUCAGGUGUCCUUGCAUCAAAAACUCUUUCCUGGCAUUUAGCCUCAGAAACGAAGUCUACCUUGAAAGGGACCCCCCAUGCUUCGACCAGCGCUGAAGACCCAAAAAUUUCUGGAAAGACUUCUGGGAUUUUCCAUCUUGUAGAUAAUGAAGAGACUACCAAGUCUACCAUGAAUAAAUCCCCAGCAGCUCAUCUUCAGCUACCAAGUGGAGGUCCUACUUCUAGUGCAGUUAUGCAAACAUUGACUGCCACGAGAAGGGACACCAUUGAGAGUUCCAAAGCGUUGACAGCUCACAGGUCAUUUGAAAACCAAAAUCGACAGAUUGUACGUGUCCCUGUUCGCAGCAAGAGUGUACUAUCAGCUUUCUUUGUCAAACAGAAAACACCAAAGCUGAAGGCUGGUUCUGUUGCAUAAAUCUUUUAAAGAAAUCGAAGAUGCCGCCCUGCAAACCUUCCCCAUUAUUGGAGUCAAAUUGCCGGGAAAUGUCUUCUGUGCUUGAUAAGCUGUUUUCUUGGCCAUUCGUCCAGAAAUUGCUUGAAAUGAAAUUUACUCUACUCCAACCCUUUGAUUUGGCUGCUGAUAAUGAGCAAAUUGUGCCUAAAAGCCCGCUAAUGAAGAUGGUCAGGAUCUGCUCGCCCAAGCAUUAGCCCUGAUCCAUGAUGUCAAUGAAUAUUCUUUGUCCAGAGUAUGUAAGUUCUAUGCCAUUGCCUGUGAUUUAUCACUGUUCAUACAGUUGUACAUGUAACACUGUAGUGAAGUUACUGUAAGAACAUUUUGUGUCAAUAAUGCUGAUUGAUGAUGGUUAGAUUCAACUA